UCCAGGGCCCCCCAAAUAAGGGAACAACACUUUGGUGUGACUCUCUUCCACUUACAUGCCACAAGCUGGCACUGAAUUACCACCAACUGCCAUGGACGUGCCAACGCCUGCUUCUAAGAAGUAGACUUUAAAACCUGGGUUACUCGAGAAAGUAGGAUCAGUGUGCUGCGUGUACGAAUGUUUGGCUUGGCAAGUAUAACGUGCAGUAUUAGUGGAAACAGCUAUAAUUGCUAAACAGUAAAGUGCAGGCAAGUAUUAGCGUUCUCCUAACAGAUAACUGUCAAAAGUUGCGAGCAUGCUUGCUACAGUAUAUGAUAUGUGCGAGUGUGUAUGGAGCGGUUGUGAGAGGGGUGGGAUGAUGCCGCACUUAACUCAUUGUGGACACUCAGCACAUCAUUCAGAGGAGGAUGCCACAAGGAACCGUCACAGUCAGCAGUGCAGCGUGAGAAGUUAUUGUCUGUGGACUUACGGAACAUUAAUGAGCAAGUAGAGCAGGAUUCCAUCUUGCCAGAAGCCAACUUGACAUUAUGGUAUUCCCAGACUCAAAGGAUGUGAUAACAAGUGGGUCUAAGGAUAAAACGCCCAUCCAGAACCACCACUUACCACAACACUCUGCAGGACCGAACCAUCUUAUCCCUAAAGUUAAUAUUUUACCGGUCAGUGUCAAUUAUGAACCACAGGACUACACUGAGACAGACCCACUACUGCCCAAUGAGUGCUACAGCGGGUCAAGAUUCAGUGGGUCUGAGGAGGCAAAGAUGCCACGUGGUGCAGAGUUACCUGCUGAGUCAGUCUACGCCUUGGUGCUGCAAAUCCUGGUGCCGUUCCUUCUGGCUGGGCUGGGAACCGUCUCUGCUGGACUGCUUCUUGAUGUGGUUCAGAGCUGGGACAUAUUCCAAGAAAUCACAGAGAUCUUCAUAUUGCUUCCUGCUGUGUUGGGCAUGAAGGGAAACCUGGAAAUGACGCUUGCCUCUCGACUGUCAACGGCUGUAAAUGCAGGAAAAAUGGAACUUGCAAACGAAAAGUGGAUGUUGAUCAUUGGAAACCUGGCGCUCAAGCAGCUACAAUCGACUGUUCUGGCCCUUUUAGCCUCCCUCAUGGCUAUAGUGUUGGGCUGGAUUGCCGAUGGGAGGAUACCAUUUGAUCACGUUGUCCUUCUGUGUUCAACCAGCGUUUGUACCGCAUUUGUGGCUUCACUGCUGCAGGGUAUUAUAAUGGUGGGAGUGAUUAUCGGCUCAAAGCGAAUUGGGAUCAACCCUGACAAUGUGGCCACACCCAUGGCAGCCAGCUUUGGAGACCUCAUCACUUUGGCCUUACUGGCCUGCUUCAGUCAGUGGUUCUACUCCUUCAUAGACUUGUAUUUGUAUGUGUUGUACCUCUUGGAUCUGGUUUUGUUGUGCCUGAUACCUCUGUGGAUUGCGAUCUCCUCCAAACACGCCGAUUGUCGGAUCCUCCUCCGUACUGGGUGGGAACCAAUCAUAACAGCAAUGGUCAUCAGCAGUAUGGGUGGACUUAUUCUUCACCAGACUGUGUCAGACCCAAACUUGGCCGGAAUCAUACUUUAUGCCCCAGUUAUCAAUGGCAUCGGAGGAAACCUUGUCUCCAUACAAGCGAGCCGCAUUUCCACAAAUUUGCAUUUGAAUUUCUCAUCUGGGGAGGUUCCCGAAGAUCGUAGGAGAUGCCACCAACCCUGUGGCGCCUUCUUUGGUUCAGGACCAAAUCACAAAUCUGCGAAGGUCCUGCUUCUUCUGGUCAUCCCGGGCCAGCUGAUUUUCUUAUACGUUAUUCACCUGAUAAAAGGGGCGCACACGAUGCCCAGUGCUCUUUUCACUGUCGCGUUCUUGACCGCUUCCUUGAUUCAGGGCACUUCAGCAAAUCACCAGAUCAACAAAUAUUUUGCAUGGUCAGGCUCUCACAUGAGGCGUUUUGGAGACAAAGUUAGAGAGAGCAGACUUGGAUGGUUUGCACACGACCAGAGGAGACAGAGCGGCAUGGUGGCCAACUGGUUAGCACAUUUACGUCACAGUUCUGAGGACCGAGAUAUGCAGAACACCCGGAUCGACGUAAUGGUGAUGAUCAUAAUGGCGGCUUGCCUGUCAGGAACACCCAACUGGAUGCCCAAGACAGGCAGAUGAAAAUGAGUAGGGGACACACUGCAAAUGUCACGAGGCCAUACUAUGAAAUGAUCCUGCUCUAUCUUAAAAUGUUCAUAGUGUAAAUAGUGUCAAGUGGGCUGCCAAGCCACAUGAAGCGAUGAAACAAAAGGUGGUAAUUGGCUUAUGUAGCUGGGUUCAUGAUUGAGCUUAGCCCCAGUUUCAAUUCCUGGUUCAACCACCGGAGGUCGCCAAACCAAAUUUAGAUCAUGAGUAUGAGUCGCCAGGUCAAGCAUAAGUCUUCUUAAAUAUCUUAAUACUAUUAAACCCCCUAUCAUAGUAAACAAACACAUACUGAAGUCAACCGCUUAUGACCAUUUGUUUGAUUUUAUAUCCUUGAGAUAAUUUUCAUGUUCUCUUUGAUGUUAUAACUCAGAUGUUCUUUUGGAAAUCAUUGACAAAAAGUACAUCAAGCCUAGUAAGGCUGUUAUACAUUAUUCUUACUUUUGUAUGACUAUGCUUUGGAACAGCUUUUAUGCAAAAACUGUAACCUGUGUAAGAGUGUCUCUCUCAGGCAACGCAGCACAAGAUGUACUACAAAGAGAGAACGAACCUGUUGAAUGCAUGAGAGAAUUGUAUUCACAUGAAUGUAUAUACAAUUAUUUGACAUUUAACAUAUACACAUGUAUUGACAUUAACAUGGUGUAAUGAAACGUAUUGGUUGAGUUCAAGACAUAUGAAAUGUGCUUGUAGUUGAAUGUAUUUACUGAGAACCUAUUUGGGUGAGCAAAUAAGAGGUCAAGGCAGAACAAAACAACGCUGAGAAGUGAAAGUGAAAGGUACUUUCACACUCAGGUCGUAUCAGGACAGUGUAAACAAAGGAUUAUUUUUAGAAAAGGGAUUUUCUGAAAACCAAGGUACUUUUCACUCAGGUCAAAUCAGGACACGCUGAGAAGUGGAAGUGAAAGGUACUUUCACACUCGGGUCGUAUCAGGACAGCGUAAACAAAGGAUUAUUUUUAGAAAAGGGAGUUUCUGAAAACCAAGUUUAUAAAAGCCUCACACGCUGAUAAACGGGGCUCCUUAUUCUCUCGAGGAUGGGGAGACACACGCUUUUUCUCUCGCAAUUACAAGGACAUGCUGGCAGGAGGAAUUCAUCAGGCUACUUGGAAUAGCACUUCAUUUUUUAAUCUCCCUCUUUAAUUGGGUAAGACUAAAAGAAUAUUAUAAUAAGGUAACUAAUAGAACCGCCAUUGACAUUGCGUGGAUAGGGAAGAGAGCUAGUCAGCUGUCCAGGGAUUCUUAUAUUCCAAAUUAUCUUAUUAUUAAUUGGCAUUACGGCUCCGUAGGACUUGAUCACUCCUUAAAGCUCACUCAAAAGGUAAUACUUGUUUUAUGAUUUAUUACUUUUAAACUACUUCUACUUCUUUUCAUUUGUGUUAUUCUUAUUAUUGUUUAUUUUAUAUUACAAACCCUUACUGUCAUAUUAUCAUUUUAACCUUAAGUAAUCACUGAAAUAAAUACCUU